GCAAUAAUUUAUCAGCCCUGACACACAAGGAUUUUGUUGCUGAGGCGAUUUCUGAGUUGUUACAAAAUGAGUGUAUUUUUGAGCACGAGUCUCCACCAUUUUGUGUUAAUCCAUUGACCGUUGCUGAAGGUAAAAAGCUUCGUUUAGUAAUAGACCUCAGGCAUGUCAAUCAAUUUUUGGUUAAGCCCAAAUUUAAAUAUGAGGAUUUGCGCUCUCUUUCUCAUGUCGUUGGAGAAGGCUACUGGUUUUUCACUUGGGAUUKAAAAUCCGGAUACCAUCAUGUAGAAAUCUGCGAAGAUCAUCAGCAGUAUCUAGGAUUUUCAUGGGUGUUUGAAGGCGGUGUGCGCCGAUAUUUUACAUUUUCGGUUUUGCCAUUUGGCUUAAGUAGCGCUUGUUUCUGUUUUACAAAGUUAUUGCGCCCUUUGGUUAAGAGGUGGCGCUCCUUGGGCCAUCUUAGUUUUCUGUACUUAGAUGACGGUUUUGGCGGUCAACCUAAUAAAGUCUCGGCUACUGCGACUAGUAUUAUCCAGCGCAAGGAGCUCAGUGCAUCUGGUUUGUUGUGUAACGAAGAGAAGUCUCACUGGUCUCCCAUGCAAGUCGGGGAAUGGCUAGGAUUUGUGAUCAAUACAAUAGCGAUGAAAUUUUUUCUGCCUGAAAAGAAAGUAUCCAAGUUGAAAGGUUUGCUCGAUUCAGCUAUCUCGGACGGAWAUUGCACCUACAGGUUUCUGGCUAAGAUUGCAGGCUCAGUUAUAUCUAGUGCUUUGGCUGUUGGUCCAGUUGCGCGACUCUUAACCCGUCAGAUGUAUUUAACUAUCGAAGCGAGAUCUUCGUGGGACUCUAUCGUUUAUUUCACCCCAGCUCUACUCGAGGAGCUUAAGUUCUGGUACACUAAUAUAGACUGUUUUAAUGGUUACCGUAUUUCAUCCCCUCCCGCAUCGUGUACUGUUCUUUUUAGCGAUGCUAGUGAAUUGGCGUUUGGGGGUUAUGCCGCGACCCUUGACGGUGCAUCAGUUAGUGGUAUGUGGACCGACGAAGAAAUCGGCCGUAGCUCCACGUACCGUGAACUCAAGGCCAUUUAUUAUAUUUGUUUUUCCUACGUAGAACAGCUSAAACAUAAGAAGGUUAAAAUUUUUACAGACAAUCAAGCCGCAGCAAGAAUUGUUUCUAUUGGCAGCUCUAAACUCGAGUUACAGCAGAUCGCCUUGUCUAUCUUUAGUUUGUGUUUUGAGAGCGAUAUUUGUUUGGAAGCCGAGUGGAUUCCUCGCGAACGUAAUCAGCAAGCAGAUAUGUUAAGUCGCUUCAUCGAUAGAGAUGACUGGUCUGUCAAUCAUUCCGUCUUCAGAACUCUAGAUGCUAUGUGGGGUCCUCAUUCCUGCGACAGAUUCGCAUCCUAUUACAAUGCUCAGAUAUCUGCCUAUAAUUCCAGAUUUGCAUCCCCCGGUAGUUUGGGCGUAGAUGCUUUCGCGCA